GCGAAUCGCUGCAACUUUGGAUGAACUUCUAAUUUGAACAAAUGCGAGGCGGUUGGAGAAGCGCACGGAGCGGUAGAUAAAGAGGUGCAGAAUUCCCUCAGGAUUUCUGCUCUUCUGUUAAACAUAUCAGACAUUACUGACGCGGUUUAUUUAUUCCCGUUAUUGACCUGCGAGAGCGGCGUUUUUUUCCCUUCUUCCCAAGGAGGCAGACAAGGUGGAAAUGAAUAAAGGUUUGCCAUCACAUUUGGAGAUAUUCAGUGUGAAUUCCUGGCUGUGGUGAUAAACUGAGUUGGCUGUCUGCACCACUGUUCUGAGUCGUUACGUUCCAGUGUUUCCGUUGAGGCGGCCUGACUUCUCCUCUCGCAUGAAUCCAGAGCAGAUGGCUUUUUAAAGACUGCAGCUGUAAAAUACUGUCCACACAUUAGUUUCUUCAUACUGGAGGUUUUUUAAGAACCAGAUGUGAAUCUCCCUCUGCUCUUCACUUAGUGGGCAUUAUGUUGACCCAAAUCUAACCCCCAUUCAUAACCCAUCUUUACCUUUCCCUCCUACCUCCUCUCCCCACAUCCUUCCCCAUUCUUCGUCAUGACUAGUCUGAAGCGCUCUCAGACGGAGCGGUCAGUUGGGGGUUCUGUGCCGGCAACCGAUGAGUUCUACACCCGCCGCCUCCGACUGCCCAAUGGAGGAGCACCGCCACCUCGAAGCGAGAGUGCACAUAUCUCCUCCGCAUCAACCACUGGCACCAACCCUGGUGUCCCCAAGAUGGGGGUUAGAGCUCGGGUGGCCGACUGGCCCCCAAGGAAAGAUGGUGGUGGAGGCGGUGUUUGGCAUAUCACGGUGGAAACGGACUCGCCUAGCUCUACGAACACCACCAGCUCCUCAGGAUCAGGAAGUGGAGACAGAGAACGGAUCCUGGGCGGAGGAGGAGGUGGCGGAGGAGGAAGUGGAGGAUUGAGCGGGAGUGGUAGUGGAGAAAGAGGAGGGGGGAAUAUGUCAGCUGUCACAGCCCACAGCAAUCUGUCAGCGAAGUUAGGACACCUGAUAAGCCCACAAGACUCAUCGAUGCUGCGCAACAUCCAGAAUACACUAAAGAACAAGAUGCAUAGCAAAGGAAAGGACAAUCGCUUCCUGUCACCUGAUGGUUACCUGGGUUCUCCUCGGAAAGGGAUGAGACGGAUCCGCCAGCGCAGCAACAGUGAUAUAACCAUCAGUGAGCUGGAUGGAGAAGGCAAUGAGGGCUGGUCCUUCUCUGGAUGGACGCCCAUGCACCGUGAAUACGGCAGCACUUCUUCAAUAGACAAACACGGCGUGUCGGGAGAGAGCUUCUUUGACAUGCUGAAGGGAUACCAGUCCUCCGAGGCCCCUGAUCAGAGAAGCCCAGCUCCAGAAAGACUGUCAGAACUCCUUACUGUGGCCCCCAUAAAACAGGCCGCCCUGGAUCUGCCCGAUGGUCCAGCUCGUGGCAGUCCCGCCAGCCGACUGAAAGAGCGCGAGAAACACUUGAAGAGAAGGUCAAAGUCAGAGACGGGUGGAGAGUCUAUCUUCCGGAAGCUACGCAGCGUGAAGGUGGAGGGCGACACAUCGAGGGCCGGCUCAGAUGCUGAAGAUAGCGGGAAAGGUGAUGAAAGUGGUCCACCUCCUAAGCCAUGGUUGUGUCAAAAAGGCUUUGCCCAUUUUGACAUCCAGUCUCUACUGUUUGACCUCAAUGAGGCGAUCCAAAACCGUCAAUGUGGCUCCAAACGCAAGAACACCACAACCGGUGCCUCAGCCGCUGCUGCUGCUUCAGCCUCUGCCACUUCCUCUCUUUCCUCCAAUCAGAGUGGAACCUAUGGCUCGCCUUGUGGCUCCCAGGAGGAGCUGAGCAAGGAGGGGACUGGAGGAGGACAUGGUACCAACCCCGCAUUGGACCCUGGGGAUGAUAAGAGCAAUGAUUUGGUUCUCAGUUGCCCUUGUUUCAGGAAUGAGAUUGGUGGAGAGGGGGAGAGGAACAUUUCUCCUGCUAAACAGCAGGGCAGCAUUGGUAGCGGAGGGAGCUCCAGCAGUUCCUCUGGCAGUACAGAGGAAGGACCGCUGGAUGCCACUCUCACAACCCAUUUCACUAAUGCUGGAGUGGCCGUGUUGGAGGCUGCUAAAGAUGGCCCAAGUCAACAUGCUGACAGGUCCAAGAGAUAUAUUGUGGAACAUGUUGACCUUGGUGCCUAUUACUACAGAAAGUAUUUCUAUCUUAGAGAGCACUGGAACUAUCUGGGGGUGGAUGAGAACUUGGGCCCAGUGGCGGUGAGUCUGAGGAGGGAGAAGCUGGAGGAACACAAGGAGCACGGCCAGCAGUAUAAUUACAGGGUCAUCUUCAGAACGAGCGAGCUUACCACCUUGCGCGGGUCCAUCCUUGAAGAUGCUGUCCCAUCAACAGCGAAGCAUGGUCUUGCUCGCGGUCUUCCCCUCAAAGAAGUACUGGAAUAUCUUAUUCCUGAGCUCAAUGUGCACUGCCUGCGUCUGGCACUCAACACGCCUAAGGUCACUGAUCAGCUGAUGAAGCUGGAUGAGCAGGGGCUGAGUUUCCAGCGGAAGGUGGGGGUGAUGUACUGCAUGGCAGGCCAGAGCAGCGAAGAGGAAAUGUACAAUAACGAAGCAGCCGGUCCUGCGUUGGAGGAGUUCCUCCAUUUGUUGGGUGAGCGGGUUAGGCUCAAAGGUUUCAACAAGUAUCGAGCUCAGCUGGACACAAAAACCGAUUCUACAGGCACCCACUCCUUGUAUACAACUUACAAGGAUUAUGAGAUCAUGUUCCACGUGUCAACCAUGCUGCCCUACACACCCAACAAUAAGCAACAGUUGCUGCGGAAGCGGCACAUAGGGAACGACAUCGUCACAAUUGUGUUCCAGGAACCUGGAGCGCUUCCCUUCACUCCUAAAAACAUUCGCUCUCACUUCCAGCAUGUCUUUGUGAUUGUGCGCGCUCAUAACCCCUGCUCUGAAAACUCCUCCUAUAGUGUGGCAGUCACCCGUUCCAAAGACAUGCCUUCAUUCGGCCCCCCUAUCCCAGAGGGCGUGACCUUUCCAAAGUCAUCAGUCUUCCGGGAGUUCCUGCUGGCCAAAGUGAUCAAUGCCGAAAAUGCUGCUCACAAAUCACAUAAGUUUCGUGCCAUGGCCACCCGAACGCGCCAUGAGUACCUGCGGGACCUGGCAGAACGCCACACCACCAGCACUCCGAUUGAUCCCUCUGGAAAGUUUCCUUUCAUUUCUUUGGCUCAUAAAAAGAAAGAGAAGAACCGGCCUUACGAAGGAGCGGAGCUGCGCAGUCUCGGAGCGGUGACCUGGCCGGUUUACGCUGAGGAUCAUGGGAACGGAGGGGAAAUCGAGGCCCUGUUGGCUAUUUCCAAUGACUUCAUGAUCUUGUUGGACCAGGAGGCCAAAGCUGUGGUGUUCAACUGUGCCACUAAGGAUGUGAUUGGUUGGACUCUCAGCAGUCCUGCUUCUUUAAAGAUUUUCUAUGAGCGAGGAGAAAGUGCAUCUCUCAGGAGCAUCAGUAAUAAUACUGAGGAUUUCAAAGAAGUGGUCAAACGUCUGGAGUUUCUAACUAAGGGUUGUGAGACAUCUGAGAUGACUCUUCGGCGAAACGGUCUGGGGCAGCUUGGCUUCCACGUCAACUACGAAGGCAUUGUGGCAGAGGUGGAGCCGUACGGAUAUGCUUGGCAGGCGGGACUCCGUCAGGGCAGCCGAUUGGUCGAAAUCUGCAAAGUCGCUGUUGCGACUCUGACCCAUGAGCAGAUGAUUGACCUCCUCAGAAAUUCAAUGACGGUGCGUGUUGUCAUCAUCCCACCACAUGAUGACGCCACUCCACGCAGGGGCUGCUCCGAGCUCUACCGAGUCCCUGUGUCUGAAUACAAAGGCAGCAGCACAGACAGCGGCUCCUUUGAGUACAAGUUCCCAUUCCGCAGCAACAACAACAAGUGGCAGAGGACGUCCAGCAGCCCUCAGCAGUCCCUGACCGCUUCACCGCAGCCCCACACCCCCAACCGAGCCAUCAGCCUGGGCAGCUCGGUGGGGAAGACCCUGUCUGCCGAGAGGCUGGAGAGAGGCGCCGCCAUUCCACGCAGCGUUAGCAGCGACGGGCGACCUCUGGACUCCAAGAGGAUGUCUCCUGGCAGUGAGAGCUACAGCCUGGCCUCCUCUCUAGCGUUGGGUCGUUCGCCUCACAACCGCAGCUCUCCCAGCAACCUGUCUUGUUCCAGUGAGGCCUCCGGAAGCUCUGCGCACUGGAGGCAGAAGUCCAUGCCUGAGCAGUUUGUGAGCAGCCGACAUUCACCUAUGUCGUCAGAUAGACGAGAGGCGGCUGGAGAGGGCGGACCGAGCGGGAAAUCCACCACCAACUGGUCGAGAAUGGAGGAAGGCGGAGGUGAACGAGGGUCAACAGAGGCUCCAGCUUCCAAGUCUGGCCAGGGCUACUCUGGAGCGCCUCGCAUCCAGAGGCAGGAACAAGUCAUCCACCUCUCCCCAAAGAAGGGCAGCCAGUCAGAUGGCCCGUACUCUGGCCACUCCAGCAGUAACACUCUGUCCAGCACUGCAUCCAGUGGGGGCCACAGCGAUAGCGACAAAUGGUACGACUUAGGGACCGGCGGCGGCUCCAGUGGCGACCAGGGCGAGCCUGAACCCAACGGCCUGGGUGGAGGAGGCUACCUCCAGGGAGCCUCGGCUGACAGCGGCAUCGACACCGGCUCUUACGGAGCCUCGCAUCAUUCCCAUUCCCACUCCCACCAUGGCAGCACCACCUCUCUGCUGGCCCCCAGUGGGAGCAGAGAGAGCAGGGAGCGCUCCUCAUCUCCGUGGCACAGUCCGACCGAAGGAGGACGUAGGAUGCUGGAGAGGUCGCCUGCUGCUGCCGAGUCUCCGGGGCUUCCGUCAGAAAGGAGCCAUGAGUCCGUGGGUCGAAGCCCACCAACUCAUCUCCUGGUUAGAGACAGCAGCACUUUCAGCCUGGGAGAUGGUGGAUCACAUUCAAGGCACUCUGGCCACAGCUCACCCAGGGAGGAGUCAUCGUCUUCAGCCACCUCCCCUUCGUCUCAGUCUUCAGUCUCUCCCGGGCCAAAGACCUUCUACCCCCGUCAGGGAGCCCAGUCCAAGUAUCUGAUUGGCUGGAGGAAGCCUGGCUCCACCAUCAACUCUGUGGACUUUGGAGACACACGGAAGAAAUCUCCAGGUGAAAGUGGAGAUGUGGCCCCCACCCCGGCAGCGAGACCAUCACUUAGAGACAUGCACUCCCCCCAGACUCAUGCUAAAUCUACUGUGGAGGAAGAUACUAAGAGACACCCUGCUCAUGACACUCCACCACCACCAAGAAAGCACAAGGAAAAGCAUGGCCAGAAGUCGCCGCCAAGCCAGCCGCUCAGCCGUCGCCGCUCGCUGCACCGCACCCUGUCAGACGAGAGCAUCUAUCGUGGUCAGCGGCUCCCCUCGCUGAGUGACUCGGUCACUGAGCCCGCGCUCGCCACUGACGUCCUCUUCAGCUGCUCCACUCUUCCUCGCUCUCCCACAACUCGCGGGGUGCCCCUCAGGCGGCCUUCCUACAAGCUCGGAGUUAAACUUCAUGGUGAUCUUUCGGCAUCUGACACAUCAUUGGUGGAUUUGGUGGAGCGUCAUCGGGGACCCCUCCCUCAGGAGCUGAUGCCCCUCCCCUCUUCAGGUAGAGACAGUCCUCUCGAGUGGACUCACCUGGUGGAUGUGGCCAGUACCUUCGAGAAUGAGAGAAACACACACUACAUCCAGAGAAGUUAUGUGUUUGGAGAUGCAAACCACCGAACAAGUGGAGCAUCCAGUCCUCAGCAGCCACACAUAGAGCUGCAGCCUGCUCCUCUGUCACGACCCUCAUCAAGUGAGGGUCACAUAGGGCUGGAGAGAAAGGUGACUAAACUGGAGGCCAUGGUGAAGAUGCUACAGGAGGACCUGAAGAAGGAGCGGGAGGAGAAGUUGCGUCUUCAAUCUCAGAUCAAGAGGCUCUGGGAGGACAACCAGAGACUUCAGGAGGAGUCCCAAACAUCAGCUGCCAAGCUCAAGAAGUUCACAGAGUGGAGAAAGGAAAGAACAGACGGGAUGUUGCACGUUUCGUCGGGAUGCUCGUCACGCACAGCUUGCGAGGUCGGCGACUCCAGCAGGAGAGGGAGGAUCCGCAGGCUGCGCUGCUGUCGUGACGCGCUGCGUUCGCUCCUCUUCCAGGAACAAACUCCGAAAAUAAAGCACACAGCAUGAAGAGAGGACCAGAAGUUUUACAAGAUUGAACAAUACUGUUUACAUCCCAGAUUCAUUGUCUUUGUAAGAUGUAAAAAAAAAAAAAAGAAAAAGAAAAAAGUAUGACCAAGACAUUUGCAGUGAUCACAGUAUUAAAGUUUCUGAAAUAAAUAGAUGCUCUAUCA